GCUGCUGUGCUGUGCUCGAGAGCAGCUCGCUCCCUUUCUCUCUCCGCGUGAAACAAAGUCUAGUGUCCGCGAGAGCCGAAGGAAGCGAAAAGAGAGAAAGCAGAGAAACGAGAGAAUGGGGCGGUUGAAUCCACAACAACAGGAGGACUAAACCCCAAAGAAAAGAGAGAAAACAAACCAAAAACAACAAGGAAAAGACGGGAAAACUCACAGGAAAACUUUGGGGGAAACUACUGAGACUCGCCCGACCACACUUUUAAACAUGGAUACACAUUUCUCCUUUUUUCUGGGACUCUGGCUCCUGCUGUCGACGGCUGGCAACGUCUCCGGUCAGAUAAUACCGACAGCUCACAUGGGGCGCGCUGAGAAGGGGAGUUGUACGUUUGACGAGGGCUUCUCUCAGUGCGAUUACCAACAGGACCCCUAUGAUGACUUUGACUGGACUCACAUCAGCACCCAGGAAGUGCCCUAUGUCUCCCCAGACCUGCCACAAGGGUCCUACAUGUAUGUGGACGUCUCUCAGUAUGACGUUGGGGAGAAGGCCAGGUUUCAGCUCCCAGUCAUGAAGGAAAACGACACGCAUUGUAUCGACUUCAACUAUCUUCUCACCAGCCCCGAUGGCUCCAGCCCUGGGACAUUGAAUGUUCUGGUGAAGGUUAACAAGGGCCCCUUGGCCAACCCUAUAUGGAAUGUGACAACCUACACAGGUAAAGACUGGCUGAGAGCUGAACUUGCUGUCUCCACCUUCUGGCCCAAUGAAUACCAGGUCAUAUUCGAGGCAGAGGUAUCGGACAGCAAAGCCGGCUUCAUCGCCAUAGACGACAUUCAGGUGCUCAGCUACCCAUGCGAUAAAUCCCCUCAUUUCCUGCGACUGGGGGAUGUGGAGGUGAACGCUGGACAGAACGCCACGUUUCAGUGUAUCGCCACCGGACGGGACACGUCAAACAAUAAACUCUGGCUACAGAGGAGAAAUGGUGAGGACAUUCCUGUGGCUCAGACUAAGAACAUCAACCACAGACGAUUUGCCGCCUCCUUCCGCCUCAAAGAGGUCACCAGCCAGGACCAAGACCUGUACCGCUGUGUCACCCAAUCAGAGCGCGGCUCCGGGGUGUCCAACUUUGCUGGCCUGAUUGUCAGAGAGCCUCCUCGCCCCAUUGCCCCACCCCAGCUCCUUGGCGUUGGCCCGACAUAUCUGCUGAUUCAGCUCAAUGCUAACUCCAUAUUUGGAGAUGGGCCCAUUAUACUGAAAGAGGUUGAGUACCGUAUGACAUCAGGCAGCUGGACAGAGACUCAUGCUGUCAACUCUCCCAACUACAAGUUAUGGCAUCUGGACCCAGACACAGAAUAUGAGAUCAGAGUCUUACUAACCAGACCAGGAGAAGGAGGGACAGGCAUGCCUGGACCACCACUUAUCACCCGCACCAAAUGUGCAGAACCCAUGCGGACCCCAAAGAGGCUGAAGAUUGCUGAGACCAGGUCUCGUCUGAUAGCAGUGGACUGGGAGUCACUGGGUUACAACAUAACUCGAUGUCACACCUUUAACGUCACCAUUUGUUACCACUAUAUGACUGCCAGCAACCACAGCAAGGCUGACUGCUUGGACAUGGACCCUAAAGCACCCCGCCAUCUGGUGGGCAACCUACCACCUUACACCAACGUCAGCCUGAAGAUGAUUCUGACCAACCCAGAAGGGCGGAAAGAGAGUGACGAGACUGUCAUCCAGACUGAUGAGGAUGUUCCAGGCCCAGUUCCUAGCCAGUCAGUGAGAGCCACUCCAUUUGAAGACAGAAUCUUUCUGUACUGGAAGGAACCAGCUGAACCCAAUGGAGUUAUCAUACAAUAUGAGAUCAGCUACAGCGGUGUGCGUUCAUUUGACCCCUCGGUGCCUCUCCAACGGCCGGGACUCACAGUGUCCCUGCCCUCUAAUGCCACCCAUCACCUGUUCUCCCAGCUCCACCCGGGCGUCACAUACCAGCUCUCAAUACGUGCAUCCACCUCCAAAGGGUUUGGACCUGCAACCAUGCUCAAUGUGACAACUAAUAUUUCAGCCCCUACAUUAGAGGAAUAUGACGGAUCAGAGGCCUUCCUGAAUGAAACUGCGACAACCAUCACUGUCCUUCUCAAGCCUGCUCAGGCUAAAGGAGCACCCAUAAGUGCGUACCAGAUUGUGGUGGAAGAAGUGAAUCCUCAGCGUUCUCGUCGCCAAGCCUCCUCUGACUGCUACCAGGUCCCUGUUUCCUACCACACUGCAUCAAGUGGUGGAUCUCCGUAUUACUAUGCUGCCCAGCUGUCCCCCAGCAACCUGCCAGAGCCCCUCCCAUUCACUGUGGGUGACAACAGGACUUAUCAGGGUUUUUGGAAUCCUCCACUGGCUCCACGAAAGAACUACAACAUCUACCUUCAAGCUGUUAGCAGUACGGAGAGGGAGACAAAGACACAGUGUCUGAGGCUGGCUACUAAAGGUGCCACGGAGGAGCCAGAGGUGAUCCCUGACCCUGCUAAACAAACAGAUCGGGUGGUGAAGAUCGCCGGGAUCAGUGCUGGAGUUCUCGUCUUUAUACUGCUGGUGCUGGUAGCCAUCCUGUUGGUCAAGAAGAGGAGGACCUACUAUUCAUACUCUUAUUACCUGAAACUGGCAAAGAAGCGGAAGGAUGCCAUUGGAACGACACGGCAGGAAAUGACACACAUGGUGAACGCCAUGGAUCGUAGCUAUGCCGACCAGAGCACUCUGCAUGGAGACGACCCCAUGGCUGUGACCUUUAUGGACUCUCACAACUACAACAACAGAUUGCCCAACGAUCCCCUGGUGCCCACCGCUGUGCUAGUUCCAAUAACUGAUGAGAAUCACAGUGGUUCUGCAGCAGAGAACAGCCGGUUGUUGGAUGUCCCUCGGUAUCACUGUGAAGGAACUGAGUCUCCCUAUCAGACAGGACAACUCCACCCUGCUAUCAGAGUGGCUGACCUCCUACAGCACAUCAACUUAAUGAAAACAUCUGACAGCUAUGGCUUCAAGGAGGAAUAUGAAAGUUUCUUCGAGGGCCAGUCAGCCUCCUGGGAUGUGGCUAAGAAGGAGCAGAACCGCACCAAGAACCGCUAUGGGAACAUCAUAGCAUAUGACCAUUCGAGGGUUAUUCUCCAGCCCAUAGAAGAUGACCCCUCCUCUGACUACAUCAACGCCAACUACAUCGAUGUAAGUGGAAACGCAUCGAACGCUACUAUUGGCUCCCAACGAAACCAACGAAACCACACCCCCUCGCUCAUUUGGCUGUACAGGGAUGGCUACCAGAGACCAAGUCACUACAUUGCUACUCAGGGUCCAGUUCAUGAGACAGUGUAUGACUUCUGGAGGAUGGUAUGGCAGGAACAGUCAGCCUGCAUCGUCAUGGUCACCAAUCUGGUGGAGGUUGGGAGGGUGAAGUGCUACAAGUAUUGGCCAGAUGAUGCAGAGGUGUAUGGGGACUUCAAGGUGACCUUUGUGGAGGUGGAACCUCUGGCUGAAUACGUUGUUCGGACGUUUACUUUGGAGAGGCGUGGUUUCAACGAGUUGCGGGAGGUCAAGCAGUUCCACUUCACUGGCUGGCCUGACCACGGAGUUCCGUAUCACGCCACAGGACUACUUUCCUUCAUCCGCAGAGUCAAAAUCUCCAAUCCACCCUCUGCUGGGCCUAUUGUGGUCCACUGCAGUGCUGGCGCAGGGCGUACGGGCUGUUUCAUAGUAAUUGACAUCAUGCUGGACAUGGCCGAGAGAGAAGGAGUGGUGGAUAUCUAUAACUGUGUGAAGGCCCUACGCUCCAGGAGGAUCAACAUGGUACAGACUGAGGAACAAUAUAUAUUCAUCCAUGAUGCCAUAUUAGAGGCCUGUCUGUGUGGAGAAACAGCCAUACCAGUGUGUGAGUUUAAAGCUGCGUUCUAUGAGCUGAUCCGCAUCGACUCCCAGACCAACUCCUCGCAUCUGAAGGAUGAGUUCCAGACAUUAAACUCGGUGACUCCCCAGCCUCAGCCAGAAGACUGCAGCAUCGCAUUGUUGCCUAGAAACCAGGAGAAGAAUCGCUUUAUGGAUGGCCUUCCUCCUGAUAGAUGCCUGCCUUUCCUCAUUACGAUAGAUGGAGAGAGCAGCAACUACAUCAAUGCUGCUCUGAUGGAUAGCUACAGACAACCAGCUGCAUUCAUCGUUACCCAGCAUCCUUUGCCUAACACCGUCAAAGACUUCUGGCGUCUGGUUUACGACUACGGUUGUACCAGUCUGGUGAUGCUGAAUGAAAUUGAUCUGGCUCAGGGUUGUCCCCAAUACUGGCCAGAGGAGGGCAUGCUGCGUUAUGGACCAGUCCAGGUGGAGUGUAUGUCCUGCUCCAUGGAUUGUGAUGUUAUCAGUAGGCUCUUCAGAGUCUGCAACCUCACCAGGCCCCAGGAAGGCUACUUGAUGGUUCGCCAGUUCCAGUAUCUGGGGUGGGCGGGGCAUAGAGAAAUCCCCGCCUCCAAACGCUCCUUCCUCAAACUGAUCCUGCAAGUUGACCAGUGGCAACGUGAGGGAGAGGAGGGAGAGGGUAGAACCAUAGUGCACUGCCUGAAUGGUGGUGGGCGGAGCGGAGUAUUCUGUGCCAGCAGCAUCGUGUGUGAGAUGGCAAAGAGACAGAGUGUGGUCGACGUCUUCCACGCUGUCAAGAGCUUGAGAAACAGCAAACCUAAUAUGGUGGAUACUCCGGAGCAGUAUCGGUUCUGCUACGACCUCGCACUGGAGUUCAUUGAGUCCUCCUAAAAACAAAGGAGAGAGAAGGAGGCGGAGGAGAGGAGAAGAGCAGGAGAGCGACUUUUCUCCUCCCGUGUGUUUAAUCCUUUGCUUUCGCUUGAUGUCCCAACUCCCUUCUGCGGUGGCCGUUCUGUAGCAUCCAUUUUGCGUCCCUACUAGUGAUAUAGCAUUUUGAUCAGUUCAGCUGGGGAUGGCAAAUAGCACAAGUGAAAUCAGCUCGUUGUUCAGUGUGUUAGUAUCCAGCAAAGGGAAAUGUUUUGCCUCUCAGACUUCUAAACAGAAGGAUGAUGGAGAGGAGAGGAGCGCAGUGGGAGCUGUCAACUCCUUUAUGCCUAUUGUACAGGUUUUUUUUUUUUUUUUUAUUAUUUUUUUUUUUAGUGCCAGUGGGCCCCUGCGUGUUUUGGGCACCAUUCAGAUGUUUAGCAUCUCCCAUGGACUCUAAGCCUCGUGCUGUUACAGCUGCCAUACUCAAUAUGCACUGUAGAUGUCUCCCUUCCUCCUGCAAGCUACAAAUGCAGCCAAUGAUUAAGAGUGUGGAAAUCAUAUAUCACAGUUUUCCACGACAGACGUGUUAGCCCUGUGUUCCUGCGCAGGAGAGUUUCUGAAUAACUCUACUCAUCAUGGUGGUGGAUAAGGUGGGGUGUCAUUUCAAUUGUAUUGAUCCUGACUCUGCUUAUCGAACACAGUUUUUAGCAAUUGUCAGUUCUGAUUCCAAAUUUUUUUGAGGGAAAAAAAGAACAAAUAUUUCAAGAGCAAAAAUUAAGCUACCUUUAUUCUUGGUACAUUCAGGCUAUCAUCAGUAAACUUUCAACUGUGUUCUUGGUAUUUUGGAUUCAGUUCUAAUUAUGAUGUAUUCAGUUCUCAACCCUGGUGUUAGAGGACACUUAUAUUAGUAUUUGCAUUAGUAUUUGCAGCCAGUAGUUUUGCAGAAGGGGCAGGAACAAGGGGCUCAUAACACAACCUAGCCAAACUCUAUGAAUGGUUCUGUUUUCUACUCCAUGCACCAGCAGUAUCAUCUUCACCUUAUAUUUCUGGUCAGUUCAGUGGUCAUAUCAUAAUCAAAAUAGUCAAAACCUAUCACAAUUAUGUAUUUGAGUAUUUUAAAGCCAGUUUCAGACACUAUUCUACAUUCAUUUUAAUGGGAGGGGGGCAUAACCAAUUUCUGGGAGAUUGUCCGAUAACAAUAAAACAGGAAAAUGGGUUAAAAAAAAAUAACUUCAAUCAACAUACAUUUGCAUUCAAGGUAAUAUUGUGUCUUAAACAACACUGACAAUGGAACAACGGACAAAGCUUAUUUUAGGGUUAUCCGGCUUUCAGAGGCAAGAAGGUUUUUUUUAACACAUGAAGUGGAGAAUUUAAAAAUGUUGUGUAGGAUUUUCACUAGAAUGUGUUCAGUAAAAUAUAAUGUAAUAUCAACCAUCAGUGCUAUGUUCUGCACCCCCUAUUAGCUGUUUUCUGUCAGCAGCAUUUAUUAUUUUUUUUUCUGUUCUCUACUGCUUUUGAAGCAUCAAAUGCUGAUUUACUGAAUAGAAACUCUGACAGCAAAAGGUACUCCAAAUUGUAAAACUGCUGUUUAACGCAAUAGCUUUUGUAUCCAGUGCAACCAUUUGACAUUACCUUAAUCAUGUUUGUUCCAGGGCUGGGCCCAGUGCACUUUCAAUUCAACCAACUGAAAAUUCAAAUAUUGGCAAAUUUUGGGUAUGAGGAGGUUGGCCUAUCCACCCAAGGAAAUGGCUGAGAAUAAUUGCUCUUUCAUUAGCAAGCUUUUGCAGUUUUCAUUUAUUUCUUGAAUGGAAUUGGAAAUGACCCAAAUGCCACAAUUGUUUUGUGCACUGAUGGCCGACACAUUUUUUUUUUCUUUUUCUUCUUUUUUAAGUUUGUAGCUGAUGUUUAUUCAUAAGCCAAAGACUUUGUGUAAAUAUGUCUAUAUGGAUAAAGCACAUUGUUUGUAUUUAUUGUUUGUUUACUUGCAUUGCUUAUAAGAACAAUCAUCCUUCAUUCCAUGUUUACUCUACCACCAGCGUUUCUUAAACUCUGGCUCGGGACGCAAAAUGGGUCACAAGCCUGUUUCCAGUGGGUCCCUAAAAGAUGAGAGUAUUAGUGUGUUUCAAUGAGCCUGGGUCCCAGGGUAAGAGACUACAUCUACUCAGUUUGGGUCCAGGCAGAAAAAAGUUUAAGAAUCCCUGAUUGAAGCUGUAUAUUAAAGCAUUAGAUGUAGUUUUGAAUAUUUAGGUGGAAUUCAAUAGUAGUAUCUUGUUUUCACUUAUGAAUCUAUGUGAUGUUACCGUGGUUUAUUUGUGUAAAAGCCCAUUGCUCUGCUUGUGGACAGUAGAACGUCUCUUAGCCUCAGAAAGGCAACCUCAGUGCAUUUACAUGCACCGAGUAUUUUGGAUAAUAGCUGAUAUCCCUCUCAACGUUUUAGCUGGGAUAAGCUGUUUAUCUGCCUCCUCGUAUCCCGCUCACCAUUACCGCUGAACACACACACACACACACUGACUAGUGAUGCAAACAGGCUUAGUGAGCGAAAUAUACAGGAGUAUGAAAUGAAAACAUUUAUUGUGCCUAAUCAUUUGAAUUACCUUGUUGAUACAAAUAUUUGACAGCAUUUUAACCACAUUGUAGAUUGCACACAGGGCUUUGUUGAAUGCGUUCUCAUGGACGAUCAAUGUUUUGAAUAUGUUUUGGACCCAUGCUUCAAUAUGUUUCGUUUAUCAGAAUUCGUCAUGAACUCCUAGUGAGGCUUUACAGCAUUACUGAACACCACAAGUGUUUCUGUGGUGCACAGACUGGUGAUAAAAAGUUUUAUUGUAAAUAAAAUGCCAGAGGUUCUACUUUAGUUGGAACACUAGUUGGUCUACUGUUAAAGGUGGUGCUGUAAAUAGACUAGCAAACAGACGAUCACCAGUACACUAAAAGGCUCUGUUGCUGGAGGAACAGUAGAGAUUUCACUGAUAGAUGCAACUUCUGUUGUAGAUAAAUCAGAAAUUGCACAUCAAGUGGACUGCACCUCCAGAGCUGAUAUUGCUAACGAUGAUGAACAUCAGGUGUUUUGACUGCAGACUGAACCUCAGACGGGUCUUAAUCUGCAGGUGGAGCCUCAGAACUGCCACAGUUUCUCUGCUUGCUCUGCAGAUUUCUGGUCCAACCCAGAGAAUAAACAGCUAAGUCUGAGGUAGUUUGCAAAUCAAAAAAAAAAAAAAAAAAAAAGAUGUGGAUAUAUUAGUGGGUUAUUUAAAAUAAAAAGCUCA